AUGGAUUUCUUCGAUGGCAUCCUGAGCUGGCUUGCCUCUGAGAACCAAUCCAAAGAUUCGAAGCUGCACAGCCUCUUGGACUUUGAUCGCAUCGCAGUUGCAGGCCACAGCCGCGGCGCCAAGCUCGCAUAUCGCGCUCAGGUGAAAGCAGCAUACCUGAUUGACCCUGUAGACAACACCACCUUCACACCUGAGAGUGCCGAAUAUCCGAGUGCUGUCAGAGCUCUGCGCCAAUCUGGCAAGCCAGUGGGCAUCACAGGCGCAGGCAUUGUCGGGAAGUGUAAUCCCAAUGGAAGCAACUAUGAGGAGUUCAAUGGAGCGGCACCCGCAAAGUCUUGGCUCACCUUGGUGGCCCAGUCAAGCCACACGGAGUUCCUCAACGCCGGCUUCAUCUUGAACAGGGCUUUUGCGCUCCUUUGCGGCAACAGAGGCAGCAACUCAUUCCAGGAGACAUUGCGGCUGACGGCGCCUCCAAUGCUGGCGUGGAUGGAUUCACAGCUCAGGGGCGACAACCCCGCUGCAAAAGAGCGCUUGAUGUCAUUUUACAGGUUCAUGGAUGCUGAAGAAGCUGCAGGCACUGUCAGGUUCAAUAUCAAACCAGAGACCUGGAAGUGCGUGUAA